AUGCGCAGCUCGAUGCUCACCGCCCUCACCCUGACGCACGUUUGCCAGCGCUGGGCCGCCAUCGCACAGCAUGACACGCGACUCUGGACACCGUCUCUGCUCGUUAGCGUCGGCGAUUUGCUGGCAUAUGCCGCGCGGGCGGCGCUUGGAGACGGCGUACGCCACUUUCGCCUGGUCAUGUCCCUCUACCUUGACCGGUCCCGCUUGGAGCCGCUCUUCGCCGACCUCUCUUGGUGGACACCGGAAAGCGCCGCGGACGCCGUUGAGCGCGCCGAAGAGCUCGAACGCUCCGAGAACGUGUGCCUGCUGUGCAUCUAG